GAAGUGUGUAGUCCAGCAAGUACAGUGAAUAGCGCCCGCUACCGCUCGCACCGCUUCCUCGCACCCCUCCCCUGCCCCCACAGUGUGGCUCCGAUCCGAUCAUAUGGAUCACCAGCGCAGUGCCUUUUGCACCUAGUGAAGCUUACUUCCACCUUCUCCAAUCAACCCGCCGUCGACACUGCGCACACGCCUAACUCACCAAUCUCUCGCCAGCCAUCCUUAACCUUUCGUUACUAGAUAAGCCUUUCCACGUCAGCGCCGUUGAAUGAUACGGCAUCAUGGCGACGCCAACCAGUGCUGGCUCGCGCGCUGACCCCCGAUCCAAGCUGCGCGCCUCCUCGCCGCCCUCCCCAACGCGCUCCUCUCUCGUCACGGCACUCGGCGGAAUCAUCUGCCCCUCUUCCCGCGCCAAGCCUGCGCGGGGCCCUCUCUCGUGGCUGCACGGCGCGCUCUGCUCCCCGCAUCACGCGGCGCUGCUGCGAGUCCCCGCCGCCCUCCUCUUCCUGCUGCUCCUCGCCGCCUGGUCCUCCGAUUCGCUCCACUGGCCCUUGCUCUCCUUCCCCGCCUCUCGCGCCGUCGAAACCGGCGUAGGGCCAUCUGAGCUGGCUGUCGAGGUGGCACGGCUGCAGGCGAUCGAGAGUCUUAAUUCGAGGCUGUCGGGCGGAUCAGCCAAAAGGCAUGAUGACGUGGCAGCUGGAGGCGACGGCGACUCGGAGAGAAGAGCGCCGAGAAAGGUGGGCGGAAAGGCGUAUCGUCCGGUGAAGGAGGGGGAGCGAGUGCCGGUGAAUGCAAAUGGUAGAAGCGACGCGGAAAGGAACGAAGGAGGGUGGGCGAGUGACGCCCAAGGGGAGCGACUGAAGACGCGACUAGCGAAGGCGGCGGAGGAAGGAGCGCAAGGCGCAGACGAGGUCGCAGAGAAGGAGGCGGAAGCGGGGGAUGCGGGUGGGGCAGGUGACGGCAAAGAGGUGGAGAUGGGAGGGCGGCGGAUUGAUGAGGCCCACGGGGAUGACACCUCCGAUGGGCACACUGGGGGUGGCGAGGAAGAGUGGGAGAAGAGGCUUAGUGAGGAGGCAGUAGAGGAGAGUGGGCAGCACAAGGGGGAGGCAAGAGGGGAUGGAGCCGGAGAUGAGGAGGUGGCGGGGGGGGAUGAAAGGACGCGAGACAUGGGCGAUGGCGACGAUGACGGAGGCGGCUUGGAUCGUGCUCGAGUGGACGCGGCCACUGGAAGCCGCCCCACCGAUGGCGAUGGAGAUAGUGAAGCUUCUAGCAGUGGCAAUGAAGGCACUCCCCCCGCCGCCCACGAUUCCCCCGCCGCUGCGGCAGCUGGGGAGCAGGAUGCAGCAGCUGGCGAGGCAGGUCACUACGAGGCUUCGCCCUCGUCCGACCAGACCGCGUCAUCACCAUCUGCGCGUUCAGCGCAAUCCUCAUCUCCUCGCUAUCGCAACCACUCGCAGCCGUCGCCAUCUGUUGCCCAACCAUCGUGCGACGGUCGCCGCGUGUUCAUCUACUCCAUGCCGCCCGUCUUCAAUGACGAGAUCCGUCGCACGGCGUGCGACGACGACCCGUUGCUCGCGUGGCUCACGUGCGACGCCUUCCGCAACCGCGCGCAGGGCCCCCGCCUCCCCGCCAACCGCGACGGCGGCCGCGCGCUGGUCGCCGCGCUGCUGGAGGCGAAGAUGGGGGAAACGGGGCAGGCGCGCGCGAGAGAGGAAGCGGAAGGGGCGCGGGCGGGCGAGUGGGCGUGGGUGCACCGCUGGUACCACACGGAGCAGCACCAGAUCGAGGCGGUGUAUCGGGAACGGUGGGAGCACCACCCGUGCCGCACGCUCGAUGAUACCGAGGCUGACGUGUUCCUGGUGCCCGCUUAUAUGGGGUGGAACGCGUAUAAGAACACGCUGCACCCCGGCCACAUGCCGCACCCGGGGCUCCAGCUCAAGGAAUUUCUUUCCGGGCAGCCCGCGUUUCAACGAACCAAGGGCGCGAGACACGUGGUCGUGCUGGGGCGCGCGAUUUGGGAUUUUGCGAACCAUCAUUUGACGGACGAGCCGCCGCAUUACAACGUCAUUUUCGUGCCGGAGCUCGCUAAUGUCACAUUCCUUACAGUCGAGCAGCCGCCCUAUAAGGAGAGCUAUGCCACGCCGAUCUUUUCUGUACCGUACACCACCACUUUCCACCCCGCGUCGCUCGCGGAGAUCAACCACUGGCUCGCGCUCGUCGCCGCGCGCCCCCGCCCGUUCCGCUUCUCCUACGUGGGCGGACGCCGCCCCGCGGGCACGACGAGCGGGCCGCUGCGCACGGCGCUGAUCGCGCAGUGCGAGCGUGCGGGGCAGGCGGAGUGCCUGUGGAUGAAGUGCACGGGGCCCGACGAGGUGGGCAAGGAGCUCCCGCUCUUCACGGCGGUAGAUGCGGAAAGGGUGCGGGAGAGCGGGUGGGGGGAGGCGGUGGAAGCUGUAGUGGGAAGUGGCGCGCCGGGGGACGCGGAGGGGGAGGAUGUGGCGGAGUGGGUGGCGUCGGGGUGCUAUGACACGUGGCAGGUGGCGGUGGUGAUGCUGCAGAGCACCUUCUGCCUGCAGCCACUGGGGGACAGCUCCGUUAGAAGGUCCACGUUCGACUCGUUAAUAGCAGGCUGCAUUCCCGUGUUCUUUAAGGAAGAGAGCUUCAACGUGCAGUACGACUGGCACUUCCCCGCCGAUAGGAGCACCAUCUCCGUGACGCUCGACGAGCAAGCCGUGCUCAAUGGGACUGUUGACGUGGCAGCUGAGCUGGCGGCGAUAUCGAAGGAGCGUGUGGCGAGCAUGCAGGCGAGCAUCCGGCAGGUGGUGCCGCAGCUGCUGUACCGCCACCUGCGAGUGGGGCAGGGGGAGGAGGGGGUUGCGGUGGAGGGCGAAGGGGGGUGGAGGGACGCGUUUGAUGUGUCUUUUGACCGCCUGGUCGAGGAGUUCAGCAGGAGGGGAGAGAAGAGUGAGGGGGGGAGGGCGGGGUGAAUGAAAGGGGGUGAAAGAGAGUGGGAGGUAGUAGACCGAGGGGGGGGAAUGGGGUGAGUGAAGGGGGCGAGGGGGAGUGGGUGAAGGGGGGAGUGAGGAAUAGAAAAGCAGGCAUGAUUGAGCGGCAGGGGCGAGAGGGGAACCGACAGGUGGUUUGGAAACAAGCAUUCUCGUGCAGGUACUCACCCGCUCAGCAGGCACGCGCGGCAGCAGCAAACACUGGAGGCUUUCUGAAUGUUGAAUGUAGACCAGCAGGGGGUGCUGGCAGUGGUUGGCAAACGCUGCAUGGGCAAACUGCAAGUGAUGGUGGGGGGCGAGUCUCAAAGAGGCAGUCUUGGCAUUCCUACAGGGGGGGUAGGUCACUUGGCAGUGGGGAGCAGAUGGGUACCUAUUGUAGGUUAACUUACUGCUGGGAGCAGGUAUUCCUUCGUUGCCAUGUACUGUACUGCAGGCUGGUAGUUUGUAUUUGAAUGUACGGUAUAACA